GUAGAGACGUCAUCGCACGGGGCGGAGGAGACGUUUGUGACCUGAGGCUCCUCGUGCGGCGACGCGGGUCGCAUCUCUCAGAAGCAGCGUGACUUCCACCCGCCUUCCUCUGCCCCUGGCUGUCUUACCACGUAGAAUCCCGCGCGGAGAUGGCAGACGAUCUGGGAGACGAGUGGUGGAAGAACCAGCCGGCCGGAGCUGCCAGCAACUCAGAAGCAUCAGAUGGUGAAGGAGGACAAGAUGCCAAAAUGAUGCCACAGGAGAUAGCUCCAGUUCCUGUCCUGUCAAAGAAAGCCAAACAGCCUAAAGAAUGUUUCUUGAUACAACCAAGGGAAACACAAGAGGAUGCCACUAAGACCAGGAAGAGGAGAAAGAAGAAAAUUACUGACAUUCUUGCAAAAUCAGAGCCACAGCCAGGGACACCUGAAGACCUGCAGAAGCUGAUGAAGGACUAUUACAGCAGCAGUCGCUCUGUGAUUGAAUUAGAAGAACUAAACCUACCAGACUCCUGUUUCCUCAAGGCCAAUGAUUUGACUCACAGUCUCUCCUCAUACCUAAAGGAAAUCUGCCCUAAGUGGGCAAAACUUUGUAAAAACCACAGUGAGAAGAAAUCUGUCUUGAUGCUGAUCAUCUGCAGCUCUGCCAUCCGAGCCCUGGAGCUCAUCAGAUCGAUGACCGCAUUCAGAGGCAAUGGCAAAGUUAUAAAAUUAUUUGCAAAACACAUAAAGAUCCAAGAACAAGUAAAGAUGCUAGAUAAGCGUGUUGUGCACCUGGGUGUUGGAACUCCAGGGAGGAUUAAAGAACUCAUUAAACAAGGUGGCCUUAAUUUGAACCCCUUAAAGUUUCUGGUCUUUGACUGGAACUGGAGAGAUCAGAAGUUGAGGAGGAUGAUGGACAUUCCCGAGAUAAGAAAGGAGGUUUUUGAACUUCUGGAAAUAGGAGUCCUUGGUCUGUGCAAGUCAGAAUCUUUGAAGCUGGGCCUUUUCUAAGACUGAAUCCUAAUGAAAAUUCCAGUUUUCAUGGUGGGAUUUGCAUUUCCUUUAAUGACUCUGGCACAUUGCAAGUAGUCAGUUAAUAUCAGCUAUUGUUUUAUUGUUAACUGCAUCACCAGAUGGAGCAUUGGAAAUGUUUGCUAGAGAUUAUUUGACAAAAUUGAAUCUGUCCUUUGCCAACUUCCAUGUAUAAUAAAGUAUCACUGGCUUGUGUA